GACGGCGUCGUCUGCAGGGCAGGGGACGUUAGUUACCAACCUGCAGCACGAGAGGGCACACAUGUACGCGGCCGCUCGGCUCGUGCCUACAAAAAUGAACUAAUAAGGAAGCAGAAUAGAAGAUGCAACAGGAAAAAUGAGUGCUAAGAGCAGGUCAGCAAGCUUAAGUUCAUCUCAGGAAGACAUUCUCCAUUUAUGGACUUAUGGGAUUCUUGUACUUGGAAAUGACCAUGCAUCUGCUAAGGUUGUUGUCACAAAACCACCCAGUACAACUUCAGAAAAAAAGCAGAGAAUACACGUUCGUGUUGUUGAUGAUAAUGUUCCAGCAGGCAUGAUCACGUCGAAAGUCAAAAAGAUAUGCCGACCAUCAUCAGAAUUUAUACACAAGAGAGCACCAUGCUCUUACACCUUAAGAGCUUCAGCUGGUUGCUUAUACACAGAUCCAGAAUUGCUAAAUAAUGAUGAUAUGACCUAUUGUAUGCAGUGCCAAAAGCAUUUUGUGGGGGUGUGUUCCAGUCAUUUUGUGUUGAUUCUUAAUGAAAAAAUUUCCCGGGAUGGGAGUGUGAGAGACCGGGCUCGCUUGACAGCACCUUGGCCUCUUUAUAUUUCAGAGUCAAAAGUUCAAGGUGGAGGUGAAGGUGUGUGGACUAGUAUCCGCUUGCCUCAAGGCCUUGUCUUUGGACCCUAUGAAGGUCAUUAUAAAAAAGAUGUGGAGGGAGUCGCUGACUCGGCUUAUGCUUGGAUUUUAAAUUCAUCCAAAAAAUGCAAGAUGAUGGUGGAUAGUGAAGAUAAAACGACUAGUAACUGGUUGCGUUAUGUAAACUGUCCACGAACUCUCUCUGAAAUGAAUCUCGAAGCUUUCCAGUACAAGGGCAACAUAUACUACACUACACUGUGUGAUGUUGAAAGUAACUCGGAGCUGAUGGUGUGGUAUGGUGAUGAAUAUGGCAGAGAGUUAGGAAUACCAUCCCUCCUUGACAGUACAAUAUCAAUGCACAGAAGUAACAGUAGUCUAGCUACAGACAGAAUUAGUAUGGUUAAAACUGUACAAAAUAUUCUGCCAAGUCAAAAUGGGAUGCUUCUGAGCAAAUCUCAAUCGGAAUUUACUAAUUUAUUUAAAGUUGCAAAGCUGGAACCUGACAAUAAUAAUACAGUUAAGGUGGUGUAUAUCAACUCGAAAAAUGUAAAGAAAACUGGUGGUGGUGACUGUUCAGGUACAAGCAAGAAGCUGACCAACACCAGUCGUGUAUCAUCAUAUGCUGGCAUGAAGCUUACCAAGUCUUAUAACAAGAUGUACAGUCAUGUAUAUUGUAUAAAGUGUAAUAGAUCAUAUUCGGGACUGUGUCGGAAACAUUCAUUGGUGCUUAUACUGGAUACUCCGGUUUCUCGUGAUGGAAGUGUGAAAGAGCGAGCUCGCCUCACUGCUCCGUGGCCUAUAACCAUUGCCAAAUCUCAAAUAACGGGUGCUGGAGAGGGAGUCUGGACUAGUGCCACCCUACCAGAGGGACUUCUGUUUGGACCUUGUGAGGGCCAAAUCAUUAAAAAACAACAAAAAAUGUCUGGAUAUGGAUGGGAGAUACGUGGGAGACCUGACAUAGAAAUUGAUGCUGUGAAUACUUCUGUGAGCAACUGGGUUCGCUACCUCAGUUGUGCCAGAAAUUAUACUGAAAGAAAUCUUAUGGCUGUUCAGAUUCGAAAUGAAAUAUUUUAUGUCACCAUUUGUACUAUAAAAAGUGGGACAGAGUUAUUGGUAUGGUAUGGAGAUGCAUAUGGAGAGUGGCUGGGAAUAUCAGUGAAAGACUUUUUAAAACCACAGCUAAAAGAGCCAGAUCUUCAGCAACGGGGUAAUGAAUUCAAAACUGCAAGGAAAUGCCUUCAACAUGAACCGAGAUGUCUGAAGAAAGCCAAGAUAAACAAUCAGAAAAAUGACAAAAUAAACUACACACCAUCUGACCAAACCCUUGGCAAAGAAGGUAACAGGGUGAAUAGAAAACACAGUACUGGUCUGGUAAAAGCAUUUCAGGAAGGUGAUAUUAAUGGUAGGCUUUCUUCUCAUUGGAAUAUCCCUAAAGAAAUAUCUCGUGUCUGUAAUAAAACACCACGUUACUAUGAUGUCAUAUCUCUCAAAUGCUCCGAUAAUGAUUAUAACCUUACUAAGCCCCAUGACUACAGUCUUCAUAAUAACAGGACCACUGAUCACAGUGCUAGUCAUCACAAAACUUCUAACAAUAACAUUAGCUCCUCUAAUACCAUUCUGUUCUCCAAUAGGGUCUAUCAUGGUGACAGUCCCAUCAGAUCUUCUGAACAGUAUGUCAAUCCCAGCAGGUCAUCUGACCAUAGUUUUAGCAAGCCAAUUACUAACACCAGUAACCCAAGCAAUUUAUCUGAUUUUAAUGUUACUUCUAGUUGUUCUCCCAAUCAGUGCAUCAGUCCCAGCAAGUCUCAAGAUCUGUAUGUUGGCCCUAGUAAUUCUCCUGAUCCAUGUCUCGGCUGCAGCAGGUCUCCUGAUCGGUGUGUCGGCCACAGCUGGUCUCCUGAUCAGUGUUUUUGUUGCAAAGGGUCUCCCAAUCGGUAUAUCGGCCCCAGUAGGUCAAAUGAUUCGUGUGCAAAUCUCAGCAGGUCUCUCGAUCAGUGUGUCACCUCCAGCAGGUCUCCCAAUCUCUGCGUAAGCCCCAGCAGGUCUCCCGAUCGGUGCCUCAACCCCAGCAGGUCUCCCAAUCGCUGCAUCAGCCCCAGCAGGUCUCCCAAUCUCUGCCUAAGCCCCAGCAGGUCUCCCGAUCGGUGCCUCAACCCCAGCAGGUCUCCCAAUCGCUGCAUCAGCCCCAGCAGGUCUUCCGAUCAGUACGUCAGCCCCAGCAGGUCUCUCAUUCGGUGCGUCAGCCCCAGCAGGUCUCCUAAUCGGUGUGUCAGCCCCAGCAGGUCUCCCAGUCGGUGCCUCAGUCCCAACAGGUCUCCCAAUCAGUGCCUCAGCCCCAGCAAGUCUCAGAAUCGGUGCCUCAGCCCCAGCAAGUCUCCCAUUCGGUGCCUCAGCCCCAUCAGGUCUCCCAUUCGGUGUCUCAGCCCCAUCAGGUCUCCCAUUCGGUGUCUCAGUCCCAUCAGGUCUCCCAUUCGGUGUCUCAGCCCCAUCAGGUCUCCCAAUCGAUGCGUCAGCCCCAGCAGGUCUCCCAGUCAGUGCGUCAGCCCCAGCAGGUCUCCCAGUCAGUGCCUCAGCCUCAGCAGGUCUCCCAAUCGAUGCGUCAGCCCCAGCAGGUCUCCCAGUCAGUGCGUCAGCCCCAGCAGGUCUCCCAGUCAGUGCCUCAGCCCCAGCAGGUCUCCCAAGCAGUGUAUCAACCCCAGCGGGUCUCCCAGUCAGUGUGCUAAUCUCGGCAGGCCUGCCAAUCAUCCUAUUAAUUCAAACAAAUUUUCAUGUCUUGACAGUCCCAGCAGGUCCCCAGAUUCUACUAAUUUAAGCAGUGUCCUAAUAAAUAUUACAAACACUAGUAACUUUCCAUUCGCUGUCAAUCCCUGUAAAUCACCAUUUCAAGCUGUUAGUCUCAACAUGCCUUUGGCUUACACUGCCAAUUUAAACAGGUCAUCGGGUCAUGAAGCCUGUCAUAAAUGUUCCUCACAUCAUUCUGUCAGUCUUCAUAAGACUAUAAAUCAUCUUCAUAAUGGUGUAGAUGCAAGUAAGCAUUGUAACAGCUCAAAGCUAUAUGUAAAGUGUGAUUGUGAUAAAAUUAUUAAUGUUUGCGGACAACUGAAUUCUUGUCAGUUCUCACAUGAGGACAACACUCUCUCCUCCCAAAAGAAACAUGCUUACCCUAUGGAUAAUAGAAAUAAACAUGGUAAAGAAAACAAGAUAUGUAAAGAGGAUGAAUAUGUUGAGGGAAGCAUCAAAAGAGAAAAGGUGAUUGAUGGCCAAGAUUAUGCUUAUGAAUAUAUCAACAGUAUAGAAGCCUGUUAUGCAACAAAUAGUCUUGCAUGUAUAAAUAAGCAGUGUUCCAAUGGUUAUGUGAGAGAAGGUGAAUGUAAAAGAAAUGCAUCUAGCAACAUAAAUAAUGCAACACACCAAGAUUGGCAAUUGAAAGAGAGAUUUCUCAAUUUUAAUAAGAAAUCUGUACUUAAAAUAAAAAAAUUGCCUUAUGUGCAGGAAAAUAUGAAAUGGAGGCAAAGGCAUGGCAAUUGUCAUGAUUUGGAGGAGUUCUUUAGUGAUCAAAUAUACAAAACCUAUGAAGAUACCAAUCAUUGUAAUUCAUUUAAACGUAAAAUACAUCUUGCAAACCCUGUUUCAGUGGAAAGUAAAUCCCCAGCACAGAAAAAGAUACGAGGAAAUUUUGUUAAGGAUAAAUCCUGCGCCCGAGCACGUCCAUAUGUAAAUUCGCAGAAGAGCAUCAAGACAGAUCUUGUAUCAAACUUAGUGCUUUACCUCGAAGAUGCCAGGAAUGUUCCCUGCAGCACCGGUGCCAAGAAACUUCCCUGCGGCACCGGUGCCAAGAAUGUUCCCUGCGGCACCGGUGCCAAGAAUGUUCCCUCCGGCACCAGUGCCAAGAAUGUUCCCUCCAGCACCGGUGCCAAGAAUGUUCCCUCCGGCACCGGUGCCAAGAAUGUUCCCUCCGGCACCGGUGCCAAUUAUAUGCCCUUCGGCACCGGUGCCAAGAAUGUUCCCUCCGGCACCGGUGCCAAGAAUGUUCCCUCCGGCACCGGUGCCAAGAAUGUGCCCUCCGGCACCGGUGCCAAGAAUGUGCCCUCCGGCACUGGUGCCAAGAAUGUGCCCUCCGGCACUGGUGCCAAGAAUGUGCCCUCCGGCACUGGUGCCAAGAAUGUUAUGCGUUUGCUAUGA